UGUAAUUUUGUUGAUUCCUUAUAUAUUUCUUUUGUUUAGUUCUUUGUUUUUUAGCAUCACAAAAAGUGGAUAUUUUGCAGAUGUCGGUGCGGUCAUUUCACAGAUAAAACCUGAGUUGAUCUUUCGACACCUAAUUGAGAUAAUCGGAAUGUUGAUAGAGGAAACCACUUUGAUUAGAUUGUGGUGUUUUAUGAUAAGCCAUGCAUUUUAUGUUACGAUGAUAUUUCAGUAAAACUGUAAAUCGAUAUGAAAGUAGGUUAAGGGUCCAGAUUGCGUUUUAUAUAUUUAUUUAUUAUAAAACUUUAUUGCAUUCCACAGUGCACUGCAAUCUUGGUUGAGUUGACUGAUAUAGCAGUUUCAUGUCUCACGCUAAUUAAAAUCGUACGUAGUGUUAUCUGCCAACAGGUUUCAGUUGUUUAUUUGGGACUAUGGAACUGAAGAAUUUUCUACUAGUGUUUUUCCUCUGCGACAUCCUUCCUCAUGGCUUUGCUAUUACCAACUAUUAUAUGGACAGUGAUUCUGGAAGUGGACAGUGUCAAAGACAGGCAAGAGAUGUCUACAAGGAAGAUUCAGUGUUCGUUAAUGCUUGGAGAGAUAGUGAUAACCGUCCAGUGUCACUGGGGGGAAUGUGUGAGAUUGGCUUUAGGUCCUCCCAAGGUGGUUUUAUUAUCUCUGUAGAAAAUUUGUACAUCCCUCAGGAUUCUGGAGCUAAAUUGACAAUCAGGACUGGAAGUGAAGGUCCAAACAAUGCAUGGAAAGUGUUCAACCCUGGUUCAUCUGUAACGGCACAGUCAUACCAGAACAUACAUGAGUAUGUUUUGUUUGUUCUUGAAAGAGAAACUGACUAUCGCAUCAACUAUGACUUCAAAAUUAGUGUUCGGUCACUGGAAGGUAAGCACCAUGUUAUGAUUGGUCUGCAAAUGGCUCAUAAGUUAAUAAUCAAAAUAAUAACAGACAGAUUUGAGUGAUCACUAAGCCUUUUUUAAAAUUAAUUAUUUACUCUUUUCUGAAUGAUGAUGGACAGACAUCUGUGAUGAGAGAUACAACCAUCACUUUCCUCUGUCAUUGCCAUUAGUAUUGUCAUUGCCUUAAAUGCCACAAAACAUAAUACUUAUUAUUCUCAGUUUAACUAAAAUAAUUCAUAGCAAUAAAAUACCAUUCAAGUUCAGCUUGGGCUAUUUUUUUCAGUAUUUAUUUCAAUAAUUUUAGGC